CCCCGCCCCUGCCGGCCCCGCCGAGCCCUCCCAAGCUCAGCCCCCGGCAAUGAGCAGCGCUCUCUCCUCGCCUUCCUGCAAGGGCUCAACUCCACUUUCAGCGCCUCCAGACUUUCUCUGCCUGUGCCGUGCCCUCCCUCUGGUCCAGCUCCUCCUGUGCCUGCCUCUCUGUGUCGGCGCUAUCCCGUUAAAAGGCGGCUGCUCCCGCUCCGCUGAACCAGAGCUCUGCCUGCCUUGAUCGGGAUGAAGGCUGGAGGUUAUCGGCGAGGGAAAGGAGAACUCUAGGCAGCUUUCCAUUUGCCAAGUGAGCAGUAAUUGCAAGAAGACAGCCUCCCCAGCUGGAAUCAAUAGUCUGCUUUCUUGCUGCUAAGGGCACUUUGGAGCAGCAGUAGGUCACUGAAGUAACUUCAGCACACACUGCUGACUGCGGAGUUGUAAAGAACUACAUGCAAGUGGCUGCAGUAGUGCUGGAAAACGCUUUGCUGUUACCAGGGACACAAUAGUUUUCAAGUCAUUAGAGCUUCGAUUCUGCUCCGCUCCUUCCAUUACACAGAGAGGGUCAUUCUUUGCAGGAAUGAGGAUGGAGCUGUGAAUUUUUCUUUUCCGGUGUUCCAGUGUCCCCUUCCAGUGGAAGGGGGUAAGAGUGGGGGGAAAGAAGCUUUUAGAAACAAACCCCCACUGCUGCUGAACUCAGCUUCACCUGAAUUUCCCCAAACCUUUCCAGGCACAGAGAGGCACAAUGCCAGAGAACCUGAAUCUUCUUCGGGCUUUUGGGGGCUUUUCCUUUAUCUUCUGGACAGCUUUUAACACAGCCUUAGUGGAUGUGGUUGGAUCGGAGCAGCAGAUCCCCUUGUCAGUUGUAAAGCUCUGGGCCUCAGCCUUUGGUGGAGAGAUCAAAUCUAUUGCAGCCAAAUACUCAGGUUCCCAGCUCCUACAGAAGAAAUACAAAGAAUAUGAGAAGGAUGUUGCAAUAGAAGAAAUUGAUGGCCUUCAGCUUGUGAAAAAGUUAGCAAAGAAUAUGGAAGAAAUGUUUCAUAAGAAGUCUGAAGCCGUACGGCGUCUUGUUGAAGCUGCAGAAGAUGCUUACCUGAAACAUGAAUUUGAUGCUGACUUACAGUAUGAGUACUUCAAUGCUGUGCUCAUAAAUGAACGAGAUGAGGAAGGGAACUAUCUGGAGCUGGGGAAGGAGUUCAUCCUGGUGCCAAACGACCACUUCAACAACUUGCCUGUGAACAUCAGCCUGAGUGAUGUCCAAGUACCCACCAACAUGUACAACAAGGAUCCAGCCAUUGUAAAUGGAGUUUAUUGGUCAGAAUCUUUAAAUAAGGUGUUUGUUGAUAACUUUGAUCGUGACCCUUCUCUCAUCUGGCAGUACUUUGGAAGUGCAAAAGGAUUUUUCAGGCAAUAUCCAGGAAUUAAAUGGGAACCUGAUGAGAAUGGAGUCAUUGCAUUUGACUGCAGAAACAGAAAGUGGUACAUCCAGGCAGCAACUUCUCCAAAAGAUGUGGUAAUUUUAGUGGAUGUCAGUGGCAGUAUGAAAGGGCUUCGCCUGACUAUUGCCAAACAGACAGUUUCAUCUAUUUUGGAUACCCUUGGAGAUGAUGACUUCUUCAAUAUAAUUGCUUAUAAUGAAGAACUCCACUAUGUAGAGCCGUGCCUGAAUGGAACAUUAGUUCAAGCAGACAGAGCCAACAAAGAGCACUUCAGGGAACACCUUGACAAACUUUUUGCAAAAGGAAUUGGAAUGCUGGACAUUGCUUUAAAUGAAGCUUUCAACAUGCUCAAUGAAUUCAAUCACACAGGACAAGGAAGUAUUUGCAGCCAGGCCAUAAUGCUGAUCACUGAUGGAGCUGUGGACACAUAUGAUACCAUAUUUGCAAAAUACAACUGGCCAGACAGAAAAGUCCGUAUUUUUACCUAUCUGAUUGGAAGAGAAGCUGCAUUUGCUGAUAACCUGAAGUGGAUGGCCUGUGCUAACAAAGGGUUUUUCACUCAGAUCUCUACCCUGGCUGAUGUGCAGGAGAACGUUAUGGAAUAUCUCCAUGUCCUCAGCCGCCCAAAGGUCAUUGACCAGGAGCACGACGUCGUGUGGACUGAAGCAUACAUUGACAGCACUCUCCCUCAGGCACAAAAGCUUGCUGAUGAUCAGGGAUUGGUGUUGAUGACAACUGUUGCCAUGCCAGUAUUUAGUAAGCAAAAUGAGACUAGGUCUAAAGGGAUUCUCCUGGGAGUAGUUGGCACAGAUGUUCCAGUUAAAGAGCUUUUGAAAACUAUUCCAAAAUACAAGUUAGGAAUUCAUGGAUAUGCUUUUGCAAUUACAAACAACGGAUACAUUUUGACUCACCCAGAACUCAGGCCUUUGUAUGAAGAGGGGAAGAAACGAAGAAAGCCCAACUACAGCAGUGUGGAUCUUUCUGAGGUGGAGUGGGAAGACAGAGAUGAUGUGCUUCGAAAUGCAAUGGUGAAUCGGAAAACAGGAAAAUUCUCCAUGGAAGUGAAGAAGACAGUGGACAAAGGGAAGCGGGUCCUGGUGAUGACAAAUGACUACUAUUAUACAGACAUCAAGGGUACUCCAUUCAGUUUAGGUGUGGCUCUCUCUAGAGGACAUGGAAAAUACUUCUUCAGAGGGAAUGUAACUGUAGAAGAAGGUUUACAUGAUUUAGAACACCCUGAUGUAUCUUUAGCAGACGAAUGGUCCUACUGCAACACUGACCUGCACCCUGAGCACCGGCAGAUGACUCAGUUGGAAGCGAUCAAACGCUACCUCACAGGGAAGGAGCCCCUGCUCCAAUGUGAUAAAGAAUUGAUCCAGGAAGUUUUGUUUGAUGCUGUUGUGAGUGCACCAAUUGAAGCUUAUUGGACCAGUCUAGCAUUGAAUAAAUCAGAGAACUCUGACAAGGGGGUGGAAGUUGCCUUCCUUGGGACACGCACUGGGCUCUCUCGGAUCAACCUGUUUGUGGGGCCAGAGCAGCUGACCAACCAAGACUUCCUGACAUCUGAAGAUAAGGAGAACAUUUUUAACGCUGAUCAUUUUCCACUCUGGUACAGAAGAGCUGCUGAACAAAUACCUGGGAGCUUUGUCUACUCAAUCCCAUUCAGCACAGAAACUUCCAACAAGAGCAAUGUGGUGACAGCCAGUACUGCUAUUCAGCUUCUGGAUGACAGGAAAUCUCCAGUGGUUGCAGCUGUAGGUAUCCAGAUGAAACUUGAAUUUUUCCAGCGAAAAUUUUGGACUGCAAGCAGACAGUGUGCAUCUCUUGAUGGCAGAUGUGCUAUAAGUUGUGAUGAUGAAACAAUCAACUGUUACCUAAUAGAUAACAAUGGAUUUAUUUUAGUGUCUGAAGACUAUCAACAGACUGGUUACUUUUUUGGGGAGGUUGAAGGGGCUGUGAUGAACAAGUUACUAUCAAUGGGCUCUUUUAAGAGAAUUACCCUUUAUGACUACCAGGCCAUGUGUAGGACAAACAAAGAGAGUAGCGACAGUGCCCAUAGCUUACUGGACCCUUAUAAUGCCUUCUUUGCUGCAGUAAAGUGGAUUAUGACUGAACUUGUCUUGUUCCUUGUGGAAUUUAAUCUAUGCAGUUGGUGGCACUCUGAUCUAACAGCUAAAGCUCAGAGGUUGAAGCAGACCCUGGAGCCCUGUGACACAGAGUACCCAGCCUUUGUUUCCGAGCGCACCAUAAAGGAGACCACGGGGAACAUUGCUUGCGAUGACUGUUUCAAGUCUUUUGUUAUCCAGCAGAUCCCAAGUAGCAACCUCUUCAUGGUGGUAGUAGAUAAUGAAUGCUUCUGUGAUUCUAUCCCACCAAUUACCAUGGCACCUAUAGAAAUAAGAUAUAAUGAAUCCCUUAAAUGUGAACGGUUGAAAUCUCAGAAGAUAAGAAGACGCCCAGAAUCCUGUCAUGGAUUUCAUCCUGAAGAAAAUGCAAGAGAAUGUGGCGGUGUCUCAGGCCUUAGUGCUAAACCUUCUCUUGUUCUUCUUCCUCUGCUAUUGAUGAUUUUCUCCAGGUGACAUUGACUGAUGUGUUCAACUGGCAUGCUAAAACAUGGAUAAACUGUGAACUGGGAAAUGGUGCAACAUAGAGGACAUGAAAUAUAGUCAGAGCAUCAGCAUUUCAUGAUUUUAAACUGUUGGUGAUAUAAAUUCUUAAAGAUAUGUUGAAAAAAGAUUUAUCUUUUUACUUUGCAAGUCGUGCAGAUGUGAAUUUGGCAUAUGGCAGUCAUGAUUCAUCAAAAAAGGACUUGGUAGAUAGAGGUGACCAUUGCUUUGUCCCACUGAAUACAAUUUAAACUGUGUACUUUUUUCAAUAAAGUAUAUUAAAAUCACAGUUUCAGAGUGUAUUUUAAGUAUGCUAAUAUAUUUGUUCAAAUAAUGAAUGAUGGGAAGAAAAUAAAAUAAAUGGAUGAUAUUUUAUUAUGCUUUUAGCCUCUUUCUGAAAACCUUCAGAGAAGAAAAUGGGGACUUGGCUUUUACAAUAAGGCAGAAUAGCUUUUAUUAACAAGUUAAGGAAACACCUGUAUGUGUAUGAAGCUGGGCAGGUUAUGCAUGGUGCUGAACUGUAUAUGAAGGUUGGGUUUCUAGAAAUAGACAUAAGAUAUCUUACCUGCAUUUAGAAAGUGAGUCAAAGUCUUAUUAAAGCCUUCUAACUUAGGCAAGCUUUGGGUCAAAUUGGUUGAUUUGGCUGCAGGUGGCAUAAAUCAAAUAUUUUUCAUCUAAAGGAAUGGGAAGAUAUGUAGAACAGCUCAGAAAGGGUGACACUGUUCUGCUGGUGUUCUGAGCUCAUGUCAGACAGGAGAAGCUCAUUAUGAGCAAAGUGAUAAGCAGAGAAAGUCUGACUUGCAGCACAUCUGUGCCAGCAGAAAAUUGGUUUUCAUUGAGUGUCCCUGUUGGUAGGCAAAGUUUUAGACCAGGAUGUUUUUAUUCCAGGCCUUACAUUCCUCUUUGUAAGGGAAAUGAGGUAAUAAAGAUGAGCAUAUUCCUUUUGCAACUGGCAGCAAAGUCCCUGGUGAGGAACUAUUUGCUGAAGAUCUUGAUCUUUGAACUAUGAUAGCCUCAGUUUGUCUUUGGAGUUUUAUAGAAUGCUAUCAAAGGAUAACCUGUCCUUCUAACAAUAUAAUACAUUAAAUGCAAAAUAAAAUGCCACUGCUCUAAAUCUGGUGCUUGCAGACUGCAGUUUCCUGGUUGGGUGUAAGUUUGCUUUCAGCCUUGGGUAAAUUCUGAGCAUAUUUGCUGUGUAUCUUGGGGGGAACAGGGAGCAGGGCCACUGAGAGGGGCUUUGUUUUAAGGAAUACUACUCAGUAAGGGGAAGAACUAGUAAAAAAAAUUUCCACUCCAAUGCUUUAAUGGGUUCAAAUGCACUGGUGCUCCCUCUGAUUCUGAAACCAUUCAGGUCUUUGCACUCAUAAAUUUCUUUUCCUCCUGCCUUUUUUUUUUUUUUUUCUGACUGUUUUCCUACAGACUUCUUAUUGAUCUCAAAAUCUUUCUCUGUGGAAUAAUUUUCCAGCUGACAUUCAGUCAAACUGUUGUCCUAGUGACAUUCUUUGUCUACUAAGCAAAUUGGGAACUCAAGGCAUUUUCUCCACUUUGGCUGACAUGGAUAUCCUGCUCUUCUUUGUUUGGUUUUUCUCUGAGCUCCAUUCCCCCUUACCCUCCAUCAUCCUCUCAAAAAAUUAAUAUCAACACUUUAUAAAUAAAGGAUUUAAUUUUUGAUUCUCCUUCUGAGUUUCCAGGAUUCACAACAUUGCAGCCUCAUAGCUUUUGUAUAUCUGAUUACAUUCUUCUGUAAUGGUAUUUAAUGGUUAUAGCCAAUGCAAUACAGGUGGUUUUCCUUGUUAGUAGAAUGUGGAAAAAAGUAUCUUUCUCAUUAGAACUAUUGAAAAGCUCUGCAUACAACUGUCUGAUGUGUUAAUCAUCUUUGCUUACAAAGAAAGGAAAUACAUUAAUGGAGAAAGUGUAUUUCUGCAAAAGCUAGGUGAAAAUCUGUAAUAGUAAUUCAUUGUUCAUUUUGGGAAGAGAAGGGUGGUUUUUUAAUUGCAAAGGAGAAAGGAAGAUUAAAGUAUGACAGUCUGAAUUAAUAUUGAGAAAGAGAUUUAAAUAUGGGCAUGUAAAUUAAUAUUGCUCAGAGAAAUGUGACAGUUCAUUUUCACACACCAAGGCAAAGUUAUGAAGGCAGAAUGCACUGGUGUACCCAAACAAAUCACUGUGUGGAACAGAGUAAUCCAAGUCAAUUGCUAAGUGUAAAAACAGUUCUAUGAGUUGCCAUUUCUCUUAUUGAAGUUGUAUUGUUAAUUCUGUAUCUAUUCCUUAGCAGUUCCUGGUGCAGUGUGAAUCCAGGCUGAUAAAGCCGGUCAGGAAGGGUGGACACAAGGGCAGGGACUGAAGGAUGUGUGCGUGCACAGCCAGUCCCCUCUCCAGAGGGAAUGGCUGCAGCAGGAGCAGCCUGGGCUGAGCACAGCAGUGAUGGUUAUGGGUUUCAUGGGACAGAGCUCUCCAACAGGGGAAACAGAUUGAAUCUGUUGAAACAGAUUUCCAGAAGAGCUGGAAAUGCUGAUGUUGUUCCUGCCUGUGUUUGAGUUUGCUGGUCUCUGUGUCAUUAGCUCUGAAGCUGUGAAGAUCUCAUGCCAUGAAGUGGGUCUGUGCUGUCAUUCCAUAGCCUGUGGCAGGUCAUAGAGGGUUAUGGAAUUUAAUUCCAUUACCUCACUAAUCUGAGAUGCUAUUUUUCUUAAAUGCUGAAAUUAUUAUGCAAGGUCUGAUGCAAAGUCAAUUGCACUAAAUAGCAAAAGAAAUAUAUGUGCAUGUGUAUACAUACAGCUGCAUAUGUGUGAGCUACAUAUAUUUUAAUA